UUCCAAUCAGUGUUUCAGCGGAUGUCUUACGAAGCGCAAGUUUUGAGUCUCACAGAAUUUCAUAAUUAUAGGUACCGAUUCUAUUUAUAACUAGUGAGUGCCGGUAUUGUGAUGGAGUUAUCGAUUUAAAAAAAAAAUGAUGACUAUUGAUUAAUUGAUCACUCUUCAGUGACCCAAUUAUUAUGUUUACGGAAAAAUUAAUAAAGUAACUCGACUUUAAUACAGGAACUAUUUCAAUAUCCAUAAACUACAUCUAUUUUCGGACUUUUAUAUUUUUGGAAAAGUGCUGUUCAUUCAGGUACUAAACCUUGUGGCGGUUGACCGGUUUGAACUCCACAAAACAUACCUACUUAAUCCGAUGGAUAUAGUAGCAUACCGACCAUUAUAUUUUUGAUAUUCGCGCGGGCAGAUUCUUAAAAUAAAUAGCCAUGUUAAAGUCGCUGAUCCUAUUAGGACUCCUGUGUUUAUCACGCACAAGUAAUGCAGAAGAAUUAUCGCAGAAUAAAUAUGCCAAAUAUCUGAGCUACCCUUCGGUGGAGAGAUUUAGAGAAUAUGUCUCUAUUGACACUAGCAAGGAAGAAAAUUUAAAAUAUGCAGUGGAUUUCUUGAUCAAACAGGCGACUGAAAUUGGUAUCCCUUACGCCGUAUACUCGCCUGCCGGGAAACCGAUAUUUGUAGCUACGGUCGAGGGCAGUGACCCCUCAUUACCCAGCAUUAUGCUCAACUCACAUAUGGACGUCGUCAAAGUCGAUGCGAAAGAAUGGAAAUAUCCACCAUUCGAUGCUCACAUGGAAUCAAAAGGAGAUAUAUAUGGUCGUGGAACACAGGACACUAAAGAUGUCUGCAUUCAGCUGAUAGAAGCCAUUAGGAGAUUGAGGAAAGACAAUGUGACUUUAGCGCGUACAUUGCACCUAACCGUGAUGCCAGAUGAAGAGAGUGGUGGUUACGAUGGGAUAAAGGCAUUUAUAAAGACAGACGUGUUCAAAUCAAUGAAUGUUGGAUUCGCUUUAGAUGAGGGAUUACCGUCCAGUGAUGAUUCUCUCAUCACUACAUAUGUCGACAGAAGACCUUGGCAAAUGGAGUUUACUAUUCACGGCCAGGGCGGGCACGGUUACACUAUGCCCGAUGGGACUGCCAUGGAACAGACAUAUAAAUUUAUAAGCAUGGUCAUGGCGUUUAGAGACACGCAGAAGAAAAUUGUCAAGUCAGUGGAUAACUUUGAUUACGGCGAAUAUACCAGUGUCAAUAUUAAUAUGAUUGAUGGUGGAUUAGCACCUAACGUUAUACCGUCAUCAAUCAAGGUUGUGGUCGAUAUGCGACUAUCCGUAAAGGCUGACGCUGAUGAAAUGCAAUCUAUGGUAUAUUCCUGGAUGCAAGAAGCUGGCAACGAAACAGAAGUGUCGUACAUUCGACAGGAAAAACAAUCUGCAGCAACAGCUAUUGACGACACCAACCCUUACUGGGUCACGAUGAAUAAUACUCUGAAUGAUCUGGGUAUCAAGCUCAAUCCCAUUGUCUGCCCAGCGACCUCCGACAUGCUCGUUCUUCGCAACCUGGGGAUCCCAGCCUUUGGCUUUACCACCAAGUCCAAUACGAUCGCAAGACUCCACGGAAAGGAUGAAUACCAAAAUGUAGAAACCUUUCUAAGAGGCAUAGAUAUUUACACGGAAUUAGUCAAGAAUUUAGGCAAUCUUAACAACGAAAAUACUAAAAAGACUUGUUAAAUCUAUCUACUUAUGUUAAUUUAAUUAAGAUAGUUUAUAUGAAUAAAAUGUUAAUAUUUUAAGAGGCUGCCAAACUGCCUUUAAAAAUACGGAAAAGGCAUAAAAACUAGUAAAAAAAAUAAAAAAAAUUGAUACACGCAUUUA